AGGAUAACGUAUAAGUUGGUAUAAGUGUGUCAGGAUGAGCGGCAAGCUCGCAAGCGUAUAAAAAGGAGCGCAUCAGAGUUGAAAUUAAGGAUACCUACUCUAGAUGAAUUGGCGUCUGCAGUCGGUCUCAUGAUACUGUACCUAAGCAUACUUAUAAUAUACCUAGCUACAUAUUUAAAUAAUUUUGUGGUUUCGUUAUUCUUUAUUUAUUAAUCUCUUAAUAAUUUUUAAUGCUUGUUUCAUGUGACUGUUCCGAACUUGCUGGCUGAUAUGAGGUCAUCGCAUUUCUCCAUACGUCGACCAUGCGCGACAACUAUUGGGACGCAGACAGACUACGAAAAUGCAAUGACAACCUCGCGUCUCAAAAAUGAACGCAGAGCUAGAAACGCGCAGUAUGAGAGGGAACGCAGGGAAGAGAUGUCGGGUGCUUUAGCAGACUUGGCUGCGGCUGUUGGCGUCACUGGUUCCAUUUCAAAUGCAGAACUUCUGGCAACAGUAAUCACAGAGCUCCAACGAGCUUCGCAGGUCAAGCAUAGCAGUGAUUUAGACUCGUUGCGGCGGUGUAAUAAAAAUCUUAUGGCUCAGAUUUUGACGUUGGAACAGCGGCUUACAGAAUCUGAUGAGAUCGAGAGCUCAGGACACCCGACUGGAGAACUCACGGACACACCUCGACCAGUCAAGAGGAAGCGGGAUGAUUGUGAGGCGCCGGUGGAUGUUCCCGUUCCGAAGCGUUCCCCUCGAGACUACGAGCCUUCGCUAGAUUAUGCAGUCAAGCAGGACCACGAAAACGAAGCCCCCGUGCCGGAAUAUUUGUCGAAACAAGAGUUCCUGCCAGCGGAUUCGCAGUCUUCACUUGAGAGCAGCGCCUUUGACCACCGGGAGCGUGUUGCCAACUAUUCGCCGUUCACAAGGCCACACGUACCCGCUCCUGAGUGUAAGAUUGAGACCAAGACUGAGGUCUCUGAGUUCAAUCAACCUGUUCAGCCCUAUACUGAGCAGGUGUACUAUCACCAUGAUUCCCAGCAGUGUCGUGCCGGUCCUUUUUCAUCAGAAUCGUCGUUCAAGCAAGACCACACGAGCUUCAGCGAAGGGACAAAGCAUACACUCAGUAAUGCCUUUGUGCCGACGGAUCCCUGGCUCCCGAUUGCAGCAACAUCGGAUCAGGGUUUCCCCGCUUCGAGAGAGUCGCCAGUGAGCGGCGCCUCUGAGCAACAGGAUUGCGAUGUCGACUAUUCCAACUAUCACUUCGCCGGGCCGCAGGUUCCCACACCCGAGUAUCAGUUAGAUACUACGGUUGUACCAUCGGAAUACAUCAAUCCUGUACGUGUACAGCCAUACACAGAAGAGGCGUACUGUCACCCAUCACCCUGGAUGUGCAGCUCCGGCCCUUCUUCACCGGAAGAGCAGUUCUCGCCAUAUCAGUACCUGAUUCCUGGGACACACCACGGAUUUUCGUCUCCGCAGUACCACCUCUCCGGCCCUUCAAUGGACCAACAACAGCCUAUCUAUGAAGUUCCUGUUCAACCAAAUGCGUGCGUGGGGCAGCGUGGAGUUCAUUCCGAUGCAUACAAAUACCAGUCUACCGAAUGUAAGUGGCGCGGAGCAAGAUCCUCGCCGAGAAGGAUUCUUUCACCUGAAAAUCUGAUCGCGAUGUAUUUCUCACCUAUGGACUCGACUGCAAUAUAGAUUAAGCCCGCAACUGUCGCAUUGGUCAAGGUUAAGGUUGGAAAUGUUUUUUCAUUUGUAAAGAUUUGUCUGUAAUUGAUUAAGUAUACCUAAUUAAGUGUUUAUUAACUAAAUAAAAAUGUUUUGUAAAGCGACAUUCAAUGGUGCUAUUGUAAAUAAUAUUAUAAAUAAAUGUUUA